GGGUGAUCUUCUAAACAACCCAUACCCAUUCUACCUUUUAAUUUCAAUAAACAUCACGGAUCCUUCAUACAAUCCUUUCGCUGAUAAUGGAUCUAUGUAUAUGUAUGCAUAUGAUGCAGGAAUGUAUUCUCGCAAAAAAUUUGUAAAAAGUCUUAACAUACUUGAUAGUUAUAAUAAUAUUACAAUAAAUAAAUAUAUAGAAUAUAAUCCAUUUCGUGAAGAUUUUAAAAAUUCACCGCCUCUAUAUGAUAAAUUUCUCAAAUCAAUUUAUAAUUUGAAUGUAUAUUAUUAUUCACCUCCCACUAGACAAUCAUCAUAUAUUUUCCAUUUCUCAAGAAAAAUUAGAAAAAUGCUAAUUCAAACACCUCUUACUUAUAUUGGUUUUGCACCUGACUAUUAUGUACAACCUUUCAUUGAAUCAUAUAUUCAGACUAUACAAUAUUCUGGCUUGCAAUAUAAUGUGGCAUUAGAAGUACAGAUCCAACCAUGGUCUACUAUUGUAGAAGAGCAAAAAGAACAAAAAAGCGAUACGGUCAUAACAUUGCUAGGAAUUACUGCAGCUCUUUAUAGUGCUAUUGCAAGCUUUUAUGUAUUUUUAUUUGAAGAGUUAAAACGCUUUUCAGCUGAAAAAAGAGUUAAGCAUUUGGAAAAACUUACCAUGCUUUUUGAGGAUUAUAUU